UUGUGCCACGUAUCCUCCAGUCUAGAAGCACGUAUCGUUGUGUCAAGGCGCCAAGCCAGGAGCCAAGCGCUCCACACAUCGCAUUGCGCGAUCCACCAAGGUAUUUUAGGGACUCUAGAACUCCAAAUCCUCGCAUUAGCAGUGUAGCUCGCAUUGGAAUCCACGAUCGUCUAGCAAUGGCGUCGGCCACAGCCAGCGUUGUGGCGAUUCGAAGCCCUAGCUCCAGCGCGCUGGGCAAGGAUUACCUCGGCCACAAGCUCGCGGUAAGCAUCCAGCCUCUGGCAGUGCAGAGCUCGAGAAUCCAUGUUGCCGCAUCCCAGCAGCAAGAUUCUAGUGCCAGUAGCACCGGUAGGAGAGGAUUGCUGAGAAAGAUCGGUCUAGGCGUGGCUGGAAUCUCGUCCUUGGUGGCUCAAAAGGCUAGAGCAGCGGAAGAACAGCAAGGGGUGGCCUCGUCAAGGAUGUCCUACUCGAGAUUUCUGGAAUACUUGGACAUGGAUCGAGUUAAAAAGGUGGAUCUUUUUGAGAAUGGAACAGUGGCAAUCGUGGAAGCUGUGUCACCCGAGCUUGGAAACAGGAUCCAGAGAGUGAGAGUCCAGCUUCCAGGAUUAAACCAAGAGCUGCUACAAAAAUUCCGGGAGAAGAACAUCGACUUUGCUGCUCAUAUACCACAGGAGGAUCUGGGUUCCACCGUCGUCAACUUGCUUGGAAACUUAGCGUUUCCUCUUUUGCUCGUGGGUGGGCUCUUUCUUUUGUCACGAAGAGGAGGUGGAGGAAUGCCGGGCGGUCCAGGGAAUCCUCUGGCUUUUGGAAAGUCCAAGGCCAAGUUCCAGAUGGAACCAAACACUGGGGUGACGUUUGCGGAUGUUGCUGGAGUUGACGAGGCAAAGCAGGAUUUCAUGGAGGUGGUAGAGUUUCUAAAGAAGCCCGAGAGGUUUACUGCUGUGGGUGCAAAGAUACCGAAAGGUGUGCUGCUGGUUGGGCCUCCAGGGACGGGGAAAACUUUGCUGGCCAAGGCCAUUGCAGGAGAAGCUGGCGUGCCGUUUUUCUCAAUCUCGGGGUCAGAGUUUGUGGAGAUGUUUGUCGGGGUUGGAGCUUCGAGAGUGCGGGACCUGUUCAAGAAGGCCAAGGAGAAUGCUCCAUGCAUUGUUUUCGUCGACGAGAUUGAUGCGGUGGGAAGGCAGAGAGGCACAGGAAUCGGAGGAGGAAACGAUGAACGAGAGCAAACUUUGAACCAGCUGUUAACGGAGAUGGAUGGCUUUGAAGGCAACACGGGUGUUAUAGUGAUCGCCGCCACCAACAGGUCAGAUAUUCUCGACGCUGCACUGCUGAGGCCAGGAAGAUUUGACAGACAGGUGACUGUAGAUGUGCCAGACGUGAGAGGCAGAACUGAGAUUCUGAAAGUUCACGGAGCAAACAAAAAGUUUGAAGAGGACGUCAAGCUGGACAUUGUUGCAAUGAGAACUCCUGGCUUCAGUGGAGCGGACCUUGCGAACCUUCUGAACGAGGCAGCAAUCCUGGCUGGGAGAAGAGGAAGAACUGCGAUAUCCGCAAAAGAGGUGGAUGACUCCAUCGACAGGAUUGUAGCUGGAAUGGAAGGAACCGUCAUGACCGAUGGGAAAGUGAAAAGCCUGGUUGCUUAUCACGAAGUCGGUCACGCUGUUUGUGCAACACUGACACCGGGACACGAUCCCGUCCAGAAACUGAGCCUGGUUCCACGAGGACAAGCUCGCGGAUUGACAUGGUUCAUACCAGGUGAAGAUCCAACUCUUAUCUCCAAGCAGCAAAUCUUCGCCAGAGUCGUGGGAGCCCUGGGUGGCCGAGCUGCGGAAGAGGUUAUCUUUGGAGAGCCAGAGAUGACAACCGGUGCUGCGGGCGAUCUGCAGCAAGUCACACAGAUGGCUCGCCAGAUGGUGACGGUGUUUGGAAUGUCGGAGAUCGGUCCUUGGUCGCUCGUCGAUCCCUCGGCACAAGGUGGCGACGUGAUCAUGCGGAUGAUGGCGCGCAACAGCAUGUCGGAGAAGCUCGCCGAGGACAUCGACAGGUCUGUGAAAUCCAUCGCGGACAAGGCGUACGAGAUCGCGCUGGGUCACAUUCGGAAGAACAGAGCCGCCAUCGACAAGAUCGUCGAAGUUUUGCUGGAGAAGGAGACGAUGGCGGGUGACGAGUUUAGAGCGCUGCUGUCGGAGUUCACAGACAUCCCUGCGCUCAACAAGGUGCCUACAGCUCCAGAGGAUGCUCCACUCCCAGUUUAAAAAGGCUCUGUAAAAAAACGAGUUAUACUAACUUCAUGAGUGAAUGUUUUGGAUUGGAACUAUAAAUAUCCUCUUAGAAUAUUCAUGUAUUUUGAAGUAAUUUACAAGACCCAAAUGCUCAAGAUUU